GGAGCAUCUCCGCAGCCGCAGCGCGCAAGCUGCUGCCUCCCCUCCGGCCGGGCACCGAGCUGGGCGCCGCCGAGGCAGCGAGCCGAGCCCAAGGCGGAGCGGGGCAGGAGUCUUAGCAAGGAGCAAUGACUGAGAAGGCCAUAGAGGCUGAACUCGUGUCUGACCCUUAGCACUGUUCCCUCGAAGACUGGACUCAGGCACACUGGCAGAUCAUGAGUGUUGGAGAAACAUUUCCUGUUGCCUGUGCUGAACCUGCUCAAAGGUCUCAGAGAUGGGCUCCACAUAACACGUCAGUUCUGAAGAACCAAAGACUGUAGGAUCAGUAGUGUACAAUGGAGAAGACUUCAGGAGAAAUACCAGUCUUGAGGCUACCAUCUUGUGGCUUAUUGUACUGCAGACAUGCACUCCCAACCCAGAGUGUGCUGCCUUAGGAGAGGAAAUACUUGUCAGACAUUACUAGAUCCAUUUAUUUUCUUACAUCUUUUUUACUUUUGCGUCCUGUAAUCCACUUGUGAAAAGAGGAAUGAUGACUUUUUAUAGUUGCUGUUUGAUUCUCUUGGCGUUUACCUGGAACACCUCUGCCUACGGACCAAACCAAAGGGCGCAGAAGAAGGGAGACAUUAUUCUUGGGGGACUGUUCCCCAUUCAUUUUGGAGUGGCUGCCAAAGACCAGGAUUUAAAAUCUAGGCCAGAAUCAGUGGAGUGUAUAAGGUAUAAUUUCCGAGGUUUCCGGUGGUUGCAGGCUAUGAUCUUUGCCAUAGAGGAAAUAAACAGUAGCCCGACUCUCCUUCCCAACAUGACCUUGGGAUACAGGAUAUUUGAUACCUGCAACACUGUCUCCAAAGCCCUGGAGGCCACACUGAGUUUUGUGGCCCAGAACAAGAUAGACUCCCUGAACCUGGAUGAGUUCUGCAACUGCUCAGACCACAUCCCUUCUACCAUUGCAGUAGUGGGGGCAACCGGCUCUGGGAUCUCCACCGCAGUGGCCAAUCUGCUGGGACUCUUUUACAUACCUCAGGUCAGUUAUGCCUCAUCCAGCCGACUUUUGAGCAACAAAAACCAAUUCAAGUCUUUCCUCCGCACAAUCCCCAAUGAUGAGCACCAGGCCACUGCCAUGGCAGAUAUAAUUGAGUACUUCCGGUGGAACUGGGUGGGAACAAUUGCAGCUGAUGAUGACUAUGGUCGGCCAGGGAUUGAGAAGUUCCGGGAGGAGGCAGAGGAAAGGGACAUCUGCAUUGAUUUCAGUGAGCUCAUAUCGCAGUACUCAGUGGAGGAGGAGAUCCAGCAAGUGGUGGAGGUCAUCCAGAACUCCACUGCUAAAGUGAUUGUUGUCUUCUCCAGUGGACCGGACCUGGAACCCCUCAUCAAGGAGAUAGUCAGGCGUAACAUAACUGGCAAGAUCUGGCUGGCAAGUGAGGCUUGGGCCAGCUCUUCCCUGAUAGCCAUGCCAGAGUUCUUCCAUGUCAUUGGAGGUACCAUUGGGUUUGCAUUGAAGGCAGGGCAGAUCCCGGGCUUUCGUGAGUUUCUACAGAAAGUGCAUCCCAAGAAAUCUACCAACAAUGGCUUUGCCAAGGAGUUUUGGGAGGAGACUUUUAACUGCUACCUCCCAGAAGGGUCCAAGAAUCACCCAGCUUCAGCCUCUUUCCACAAGGGCCACGAAGAAGGAAGUGGAGUUGGAAAUAGCACAGCUGCCUUCCGACCCCCAUGCACAGGGGAGGAGAACAUCACCAAUGUAGAGACGCCAUACAUGGACUUUACACACCUGAGGAUAUCUUAUAAUGUGUACUUGGCAGUGUACUCCAUUGCUCAUGCUUUGCAGGAUAUAUACACAUGUACCCCUGGAAAAGGCCUCUUCACCAAUGGAUCAUGUGCAGACAUUAAGAAGGUUGAGGCAUGGCAGGUAAGCAGCCCACUGUCCUGUUGCCCUGCCUGGCCCUUGCUGAAUGUUCUUUUGAUUCUUCUGAGUACUGAAUCACCAACAAGGAUCUUCUGUCUGUCUGAUGUACUGAAGCAUCUGCGUCAUUUAAAUUUCACCAGUAACAUGGGGGAGCAAGUGGAUUUUGACGAGUCUGGGGACCUGAUAGGGAAUUACUCGAUAAUCAAUUGGCACCUGUCACCAGAAGAUGGCUCUAUCAUGUUUGAGGAGGUCGGACACUACAAUGUUUAUGCCAAGAAGGGAGAGAGGCUCUUUAUCAAUGAAAACAAAAUCCUGUGGAGUGGAUUCUCCAGGGAGGUGCCAGUCUCUAACUGCAGCACGGAUUGCCUCCCAGGUACCAGAAAAGGUAUCAUUGAGGGAGAGCCCACCUGUUGCUUUCAAUGCGUGAACUGCUCUGACGGGGAAUACAGUGAUGAAACAGAUGCGAGUGUUUGUAAGAAGUGCACUGAAGAUUUCUGGUCCAACGAAAACCACACAUCCUGCAUCCCCAAGCAGAUAGAGUUUCUGUCCUGGACAGAGCCCUUUGGAAUAGCUCUUACUCUCUUUGCUGUGCUGGGAAUUUUCCUGACCUCUUUUGUUCUGGGGGUCUUCACCAAAUUCCGCAAUACACCCAUUGUCAAGGCCACAAACCGGGAGUUGUCCUACCUCCUCCUGUUCUCCCUGCUCUGCUGUUUCUCCAGCUCACUAUUCUUCAUUGGCCAGCCUCAGGAUUGGACUUGCCGUUUGCGGCAGCCAGCCUUUGGUAUCAGCUUUGUCAUCUGCAUCUCCUGCAUCCUGGUAAAGACCAAUCGCGUCCUGCUGGUUUUUGAAGCCAAGAUCCCUACAAGCCUCCAUCGCAAAUGGUGGGGCCUCAACCUGCAGUUCCUUCUGGUCUUCUUGUGUACUUUUGUGCAAAUCAUCAUCUGUGUGAUCUGGCUCUACACAGCUCCCCCUUCCAGCUACCGGAACCAUGAGUUGGAGGAUGAGAUCAUCUUCCUCACCUGCCAUGAGGGCUCCCUGAUGGCUCUGGGCUUCCUGAUUGGUUACACCUGCCUCCUGGCUGCCAUCUGCUUCUUCUUCGCUUUCAAAUCUCGGAAGCUGCCAGAGAACUUCAAUGAGGCCAAGUUCAUCACCUUCAGCAUGCUGAUCUUCUUCAUUGUUUGGAUCUCCUUCAUACCUGCCUAUGCCAGUACCUAUGGCAAGUUUGUCUCAGCUGUGGAGGUGAUUGCCAUCCUGGCUGCCAGCUUUGGGCAGUUGGCUUGCAUCUUCUUCAACAAAGUCUACAUCAUCCUCUUUAAGCCUUCCCGCAACACCAUUGAGGAAGUGCGCUGCAGUACAGCUGCACAUGCCUUCAAAGUAGCAGCCAGAGCCACACUGAGACGUAGCAACGUGUCACGCAAGAGGUCUAACAGUUUAGGUGGUUCCACAGGCUCUACCCCAUCAUCCUCCACGAGUAGCAAGAGCAACCAUGAAGACCCCUGUCCUCUGCCUACCUCCACGGAGCGACAGCAGCAGAAGCGUGGAUGCAAGCAAAAAGUCAGCUUUGGCAGUGGGACUGUCACCCUGUCAUUGAGCUUUGAGGAGCCCCAGAAGAACUCUGUGGCCAACAAGAAUGCCAAACACAGGAACUCCCUAGAUGUCCAAAACAGUGAUGACAGCCUGAUGCGGCACAAGGCCCUGCUUCCCCUACAGAACAGCGAACCCCUAGGUGUAGAGCCUGGUUUCCAGGCACCUUCAAGACAAGAGUCAAGCUUACAGGAGUCAGGAGUGGGAGAAACCAAACAAGAGGUGCAAAGCCCAGAAGAGCUUCCUCUGCCGUCAGCAAAUUCCCAGAAUUUUAUAGGUAGUGGAGGUGGGUCCAUCAUAGAGAACACAAUACAUUUUUAACAAACAAAAAUGAUAAAAUCCACCACAGUUCCCCAGAGAAACCAGCUCACCUGCUUUCUUCUUUGGGAAAGACACCAAAGACACAUCUGAGAUGUAGCCACCACACCUUACUGUUAGUACAAGCAAAGACCCUCACCUCCAAAGGACACACAGAAGGACAGACUAUCAGAAGGCUACGUCUAGGGACCCAUUGUGUUUGUUUUAAAGAAAUCUGGAUCAGGACAUCUUGAAAGGACAAGUGAAAAUUUUCUCCAGCUGGGUUUUAGUAAAACUGUGCCUACUGCCUUGCCAUUGUCAAUCUUGCCUGCUAGACUGCAGCUCAGCUGGCUAUAGGCAUUUAGGCAAUUUCAUUUUACUCUGCUUUUACACUGAUGUAUAAUACCCCUCUUCCCCAUUGUGUAUAAUAGUCCCUCUGUAUCCUACAUGUGAGAUCUCUGACCAUGUUAGACCAAGGAAAGGACUCAGCUUUACUAAAAUGGGACUUCCAGUUUGACUUGGGGAAAGGGGUCCUUUAAAAAUAAAACAAAUAAAUAUAUAAA